AUGACAGCCGAUACUAUCUCCGAGAUCGUUCCUGGUGCGCCGUGGGCCCUCAUUGCCGUAAUGGGUGUAACGGGCGCCGGCAAAAGCACAUUCAUUCAAACCGUGAGCAAAGCGACCGAUGUUGUCAUCGGACACAAUCUGGAGUCAUGUAAGUAUAGUAACCUUGAGUUCAACGUGCCUGUCAGGGAUGGAUUAACUUUAUUCCACCAAGGCACAAGCGAAAUGAAAGGCUACACCUUCCACUACUACGGCUACAACAUCAACCUCAUCGACACACCGGGAUUCAACGAUACCCACAAAAGCGAGACACAGGUCCUCCAAGACAUUGCCAACUGGCUCCAAGAUUCGUAUGAGCAGAAACAGAAGCUUCAUGGCGUUAUCUACCUCCACAACAUCAACAAUGUUCGCAUGGAGGGAUCUGCACUCCGCAACCUUCGCAUGUUCCGACAGCUCUGCGGCGAGGAGCCACUCAAGAAUGUCAUCCUGGCCACUUCUUUCUGGGGCAAGGUAGAGGAGAAGACAGGGACAGAUCGGGAAGCAGAACUUCGAGAUCGGCCCGAAUUCUGGGGCCAGAUGCUUAAGCGUGGAUCCCGCAUGAUGCGAUAUACGGGUCGGGCGUCUGCACUGAAGAUCGUUAGUCAUUUCUUGGACAUGAGUCCGGUUCCAUUGGAAAUCCAGCGAGAGCUUGUCGAGGAGGCUAAGCCUCUUAUCGAAACUGCGGCUGGCAAGUCUGUCAAUGAAGAAUUGAUCCGACUCGAGAAGUGGCAUAAAGAAGAGCUGAAGAAGCUGCGGGAGGAUUAUCAGUUGGCCAUCGAGGAGAAAGAUAAAGAGUUACAGGAGACUCUAGCGGAGCAUCAGCGCAAGCAUGAUCGUGACCUUGACCGAGUGUUCCGACAGCAGGAGCAGCUUCGUGCGGAGCGCCGGGCGGAAGAUCGGAGACGACAGAAUGAUUUGGAGAUGCAUCUCAAGCGACUGGAAGAUCUGAGUAUGGAGAGCAAUGUGGAUUGGGAGAAGCAUUCUUCGGAGUUGCAGGAGAUGAGCUUCGAUGAGCUUGUGAGCAAGAUCCGGGCCAAUGAAAUUAAGGUCAAAGCGGAUGACAGAGAUAAGGUGGAGAAGAUUAUUGAAGAGGUAAAGAAAAGCUCUGAGCUGAGUAGUUCAAGUCGUAGGAAGAUGAAAGGCACUGCUAAGUUCUUGCUCUCGGCCCUGCUGAAAGUGGUUGUCCCCGUGACGAGCUUGUGCUUGUUGGGCGUGCCGAUCUCUUUUCCGUUCGACUUUGGUCAGGACAGCAAUAACUGA